GCGGCGGCGGCUAUGGCCACGGCCGGAGCGCUGGCGGGUCUGGUCGCGGGCUUGCAGGGCCCGCGGGUCGUCCCCAGCCCGGAUUCGGACUCAGACACAGACUCGGAGGACCCAAGUACCCGGCGCAGCGCAGGCGGGCUACUCCGCUCGCAGGUCAUCCACAGCGGUCACUUCAUGGUGUCAUCGCCGCACAGCGACUCGCUGACCCGGCGGCGCGACCCGGAGGGGCCCCUGGGGCUCGCCGACUUCGGGCCGCGCAGCAUCGACCCCACACUCACCCGCCUCUUCGAGUGCAUGAGCCUGGCCUACAGUGGCAAGCUGGUUUCUCCCAAGUGGAAGAAUUUCAAAGGCCUCAAGCUGCUGUGCCGGGACAAGAUCCGCCUCAACAACGCCAUCUGGAGGGCCUGGUAUAUCCAGUAUGUGGAGCGGAGGAAGAGCCCCGUGUGUGGCUUCGUGACCCCCCUGCAGGGGCCUGAGGCUGAUGAGCACCGGAAACCGGAGGCCGUCGUCUUGGAGGGGAAUUAUUGGAAGCGGCGCAUCGAGGUGGUGAUGCGCGAGUACCAUAAGUGGCGCAUCUACUACAAGAAGCGGCUCCGUAAGUCCAGCAGGGAAGGGGAUCUCCUGACCCCAAAGCAGGUGGAAGGGGGGUGGCAGCCACCGGAGCGAUGGUGCGAGCAGCUUUUCACCAGCGUGGUGCCCGUCCUGCUGGCGGGCCCAGAGGAGGAGACCGGUGGGCGGCAGCUUCUGGCUCUCGAUUGCUUUCUGUCCGACAUCUCCGACACGCUCUUCACCAUGACUCAGCCCGGCCCUACACCCCUGCAACUGCCCCCCGAGGAUGCCUAUGUCGGCAACGCUGACAUGAUCCAGCCGGACCUGACGCCUCUGCAGCCCAGCCUGGAUGACUUCAUGGAGAUCUCAGAUUUCUUCACCAAUUACCGCCCCCCACAGACGCCUACACCUUCAAGCUUCCUGGAGCCCCCCAGCUUCGGCCCCAUGGCUGACCCUGUCCUCAGCAGUGGGAUCCUGGGCUCGGAGGUGCCCUCUGCCUGCUCGGGCAUGACCCACCUCUCGGGACAUAACCGCCUGCAGGCUUGGAGCAGCUGCCCUGGCCCUCUGGACUCCAGUGCCUUCCUGAGCUCUGAUUUCCUCCUUCCUGAAGACCCCAAGCCCAAGCUCCCACCCACUCCCGCAGGCCCACCCCUCCUCCAAUACCCCAGCUCUGCCAAGGGGCUUGGCCUGGAACCCUGUGCCCCACCCCCUUUCCCUCCCGUGGCUCCGCUGCCUGCUAUGCUGCAGGAAGAGCCUCUCUUCUCUCCCAGAUUCUCUUUCCCUCCUGUCCCUCCUGCCCCGGGAGUGUCCCCACCAUCUGCUCCCAUGGCCUUCGCACCCACCCCCCCGCUGGGUCCAGGCCCUGCCCCCGCCCCCUUCCCCAUAGACCUUCUACCCUCGGGGUAUUCGGAGCCCCUGUUCGGGCCUCACUUCACCGUGCCCCAAGGCACUCGGCCCAGAGGCAAGCCCCCUACCCAGUCCCCCAGGGGGCGGAGGCCCAGCCCCCCCACCUUGGCCCCUGCCACUGCCGGGGGCAACAAUCCCUGCCUCGCACAGCUGCUCACAGCAGCCAAGCCUGAGCAAGCCCUGGAACCAGCGCAUGUGUCCAGCGCCCUCCUCCGGUCCCCAGGGUCCCCGCAGGAGAUAGUCCCCGAGUUCCCCUGCACCUUCUUUCCCCCGACCCCGGCCCCUACACCGCCCCGACCACCUCCGGGUCCAGCCACAUUGGCCCCUCCCAGGCCCCUGAUUGUCCCCAAAGCGGAGCGGCUCUCGCCCCCAGCACCCAGCGGUGGUGAGCGGCGGCUGUCCGGGGAGCUCAACUCCCUGCCGGGCCCGGGGACUCUGAGCGUGUGCAUCUCUUCCCCUCAACGUGUCCUAAGCCGGGGCCAUCCGGACAACAAGACCGAAACCCGGCGCAUCACACACAUCUCUGCGGAGCAGAAGCGGCGCUUCAACAUCAAGCUGGGGUUUGACACUCUGCACGGGUUGGUGAGCACGCUCAGCACCCAGCCCAACCUCAAGAUGAGCAAAGCCACCACGCUGCAGAAGACGGCCGAGUACAUCGCCAUGCUGCAGCAGGAGCGAGCCGCCAAGCAGGAGGAGGCCCAGCAGCUCCGGGACCAGAUCGAGGAGCUCAAUGCCGCCAUCAAGUGGGUGGGGGGGGCCCUGCAGGCGCUGGGCCAGGGGGCCUGCGGCCUGACUCCCCGCCCUGACCUGCCCCGUGCCCCCAGCCUGUGCCAGCAGCAGCUGCCUGCUACGGGAGUGCCCAUCACACACCAGCGGUUCGACCAAAUGCGAGACAUGUUCGAUGACUAUGUCCGGACCCGCACGCUGCAUAACUGGAAGUUCUGGGUAUUCAGCAUCCUCAUCCGGCCUCUGUUCGAGUCCUUCAAUGGGAUGGUGUCUACGGCAAGCCUGCAGAGCCUCCGCCAGACCUCACUGGCCUGGCUGGACCAGUACUGCUCCCUGCCUGCUCUCCGACCAACUGUUCUGAACUCCCUACGCCAGCUGAGUACAUCUACCAGUAUCCUGACGGACCCGGACUGUAUACCCGAGCAAGCCACACGGGCAGUCACAGAGGGCACCCUUGGCAAAUCUUUAUAGUGCUGGCCGGACCGUGCUGCUCACUCAGCUGCCCUGGAGCUGCUCUCCCUGGGCACUCCCCUCCUGCUCCGGGUCCCGGCUGUCAAGCACGGUUUCUUCUGAUCUCCUGGGAGCCAGGAAGAACUGAAUUCCAGUCCCUGCUCUACUAUAGCAACAAUGCUGUGACCUGGGGAGCUCAUCCUCCCUCUUUGGACCUCCAUUUUCCAGUCUGCAAAACGGGGACUGGGAAGCUUCAAGCAGAAGAGGAUCCCAAGGCCUUAGCAGCUGUGGCGCUUGGGGGCCUAAGCUGGCAACUCAGGGAGUUUGAAAGAGGGAAGGGGACGAUGCUUCCUUGUCACUCCCACCUGGUCCCCCCACAGGUCAGGCACAGGCCUCUGUUUCUAAGCCGGGAAGGAGAAAAGGAGGUUCCUUCUCUCUGCUCCUCCACUGGUAGCCUGGAGGGGCUGCAGGAUGGCAUCCCUGCGUGAGGCCAGGAAGGUCUGAUCCCAGGAGGGAGCAGGGCAGGGGGUGGCCAAGCCAGGGGAGGCACCUGGUAUGUGUGUGGAUGAGUGUGUGUGGAUUUUGUAAAGAAUUCUUGACCAAUAAAAACAGAAACUGUCA